UUUCAGGAAUGAGUGAGCUGGCACAGGAGCCCCGACAUCCUGCACCCUCCCAGGGACCUUUCCAGAAGCUCUCCGCGCCCGGUCUGUGUACCCUCUGUGUGGUAGGGGGCUGCUCCUCUCAAAAAUCACAGCAGGAGGAUGCAGCUUGACCGAGCGUACGAUGCCCCUGAAGCACCUUCUCCGGAGCCGCCAGCCCAGCGGCCGUCCCUCAGCAAGGUCAGCACGCUGGACCGCCUCAUCUUCACCCACUCCGUCUGGCUGCAGCUCAGCAUGAACUCAGCCACAUCACUCCACAUCCUGCAGCGGGAGAGCCCAGGGAUCUUUCUGGUUCGCCAAUCGGCCACAUCGCAGAAGAAACUGCUAUCGGUGCGACUCUCUGACAACUGCGAUCCCUCCUUUGUCCAUGACUUCAUCAUCAACGAGGAGCCCAGCAACACCACGUUCUCCCUGGAAGGUUCUGGAAUGACGUUUGGGGACCUCUUCCACCUCAUCUCCUUCUACUGCGUGAGCAGGGACAUCCUCCCCUUCCCCCUGAAGCUCCCACUCGCCAUCGCCUCGGCUCGAUCCCACAAAAUCCUGAAAACCAUCUCACAUCUGGGUGUCGAGUUCUGGACGUCGUCCCUCAACGUGCGGGAGCCCCCUGAGGUGGAGGAGUGCGGUGAUGGGUCCCCCCAGGAGACGGGCCCUCCUGAGUCGCCGGUCCUGCUGCUGCUCCAAGGACCCCUCAGGACGAGGUGCCCGGGGGAGGUGGGGAACGCCACCCAGAGCGGGGCCCUCAGCUUCGUCAACCCCCUCUUCGAGAGCAGGUGUAAGGGCAGGAGGGGGCUCUUCAAGGGCAGCAUCAAGGUGCGGGUCUCGACGGAGAACUCGGGCACCCUCUCGCCCCCCUCUGAGCCCCCUCCCCCUGUCCCCUGCCAGGAGGGGGAGGGGGAGAGCGAGGGCGGGGCCAGCCCGGGGCACCCCCCCUUGCCCGAACCCGAGGGGGCCUACCAACGCCCACGCACCCCCAUCCCUCCCCCCCGCCUCAAAAAGAGGCUGAAGACCCGGGGCACCUCUUCCGAGGGGGGGUACCGGGUGCCCCUCCCAGCCAGGCCCCCCCAGGAGGAGGGGGAGGGGGAGGCCGAGGGGGGGCAGCGGCUGAGCGACAGCAAUUCCUCGGAGGGCCUGGAGCUCCUGGAGGGUGGGGACCCCCCCCAGAUCGGGGACAUGGACACUCACUCGCUCAGCAGCCUGGAGGAGGAGGAGGAGGAGGAGAGGGGGGUGGCGGGUGGGGAGAAGGAGGGCGGAGCGGAGAGCGCUGGCGGGGGCGAGCCCCAGACUGAGCCGGCCCCUGAGAAUCCCCGGACCCUGGGCAGGUCUCGGAGCGUCCGGUGGGAUGUCCGGAAGCCGCUCCGGAAGGUUCUGAGCUCCUUCGCAGGCCCCGAGAGGAGGCUGGUGCAUUGGGCACAGGAGCAAGCAAAGGACGGGGGCACGUCGGUGGGGACCCUGGUCCAGGGCUUCGUGGGCAGCCUUCAGGACGCGGGCACGGACCCCCGGGGCAGCGCCCAGCUCCUCCAGAACAUCCGAAACUUCAUGACACACACCAGGAGCUUCCUGAGCCACGGUGCUGAACUCGACCCAUCGCUGGACAACGUGCUGGAGGAGGGCGAGAGGGAUCGCCUCCUGGAGGUGGCCAUGCACAAGAUCAUCCUGAAACCGCUGAAAGGUUGGAUUGAUGCUCGCCUGAGGGAGGUCCACACUGCCGAUGGUUCCCUUCAACAGCUCAGGGAAAACAUGCGACUGGUGAGGCUUGGGGGACCACAGGCCCUGGGCCUACGCUGCAGCAUCUCUGACCCUGGAGCCCUCGAGAAGAUCAAACACAAGUUUACUCUCCUGCAGAAGACGUACUCCCCCGUCAAGAAAGUCCACCUCCUCCUGCAGGCCAUGAAACUUAUCUGUGAUCGGGUCAAAGCAGCAGAAGGCCUACACUAUGGAGCUGACGAGUUCCUGCCGACUCUGUCCUACACCAUCGCUGCGUGUGACCUGCCCGAGCUGUCCCUCGAGGCCGAGUACAUGAUGGAGCUGCUGGACCAGGCCGAGCUGACUGGGGAAGGUGGUUACUACCUCACCAGUGUGUACGCCAGCGUGUUCGAGCUUCAGAACUUCCACGCCCACCGGGCUACGGGUGGCAUCAGCCAGGAGAUCCGGCAUUCUCUCAAGCAGUGGCACAGGCGACGAAGAACCAAUGAGCCAAUGCCAUCGAUCGGCGACUUCCAGAACUUCCUGCGCGUGGCCUACCACGACCUGGGCAACGGUUGCACAGCCAAGACGCUGGUGGUGAGGCCGUGUGAGACGGCAGAGGAGGUGUGCCGGCUCUGCGCCCUCAAGUUCAAGGUCCAGGCUCCCGCCGAGCACAGGCUCUUCCUGGUGGUGGACAAAGCCUGGAGCCUGCUGGCCCCCGACUCUCGCCCGCAGCAGCUCAAGGCCGGCCUACAGGGGGGCCACUACCACUUUGUCUACAAGGCUGCAGGCCCGGGGAGGACCAGGGGGCCUGCCGGCGCCAAGCUCGUCCGGGACAACGCCAUCGACCUGGGGGGAGAGCUCGGGCCCGAGGAGCAGCACCAGGCCUGAACAGGCUGGGCCUGCUGGUCUCCAGGGCAACGGGUAGGCCCGAACUCACAGGAGGCCCCUCUGUGUCUGUGUGUGUGUGUGUGUGUGUGUGAGCGAGUGAGUGUGUCUGUGUGUAUGAGAGUGUGUGUGAGUGUGUGUGUGUGUGUGUGAGCGCGAGUGUGUGUGUGUGAGUAUGUGUGUGUGUAUGUGUGUGUGUGAGUGUGAGAGUGUGUGUGUGUGUGUGAGUGGGUGAGUGUGUGUGAGUGUGAGUGAGUGGGUGAGUGUGUGUGUGUGAACGUGUGUGUGUGUGAGAGAGAGUGUGUGAACGUGUGUGUGUGUGUGUGUGUGAACGUGUGUGUGUGAGAGAGAGAGUGUGUGAACGUGUGUGUGUGUGUGUGUGAGCGUGUAUGUGUGUGUGUGUGUGUACGUGGGUGUGUGUGUGUGUGAGAGACUGUGUGUGUGUAUACGUGUGUGUGUGUGAGUGUGUGUGUACGUGUGUGUGAGUGUGAGUGUGUGUGUGUGAGCAUGUACGUGUGUGUGUGCGAGUGUGAGUGUGUACGUGGGUGUGUGUGUGUGAGAGUGUGUGUGAGUGUGUACGUGGGUGUGUGUGUGUGUGAGUGAGUGUGUAUGUGUGUGAGUGAGUGUGUACGUGUGUGUGUGUGUGUGUAUGUGUGUGAG